GACACUCUUGACAGUUGACGUUUAGAUAAUUAGAGCAACUUGUAGGUAGUUGUUAAAUUAAAAAAUAUUUUUUUAAUAGAAAUCGAUUUACGGUGCAGUGUGGAAAAAUAAUUUGAGUGCUGUAUCACGAAAUAGUACAAAAAAUGUUAGAUGAAAAAUUAUUACAAGAACGGUUGGAACAAUAUCAACCCGAACCAUUAGUAGAUACUACAAACGUUAAAACCAAAGAAACAAUCGAAUCUUAUAUUAUUAAUGAAGAUGAGAAUAAUAUUGAUCUGGCGAAAACAAAUUUUUUAAACUUCUUAGAUCAUGAAGAAAUUAAGCAGUCAGCUGAAAAUAUUAUAAGAAAGUAUGGAGUUGGAACUUGUGGACCAAGAGCUUUUUAUGGUACAACUGAUGUUCAUUUGGAACUAGAACAAAAGAUUGCCGAUUUCAUGAAUAUGGAAGAUUCAAUUGUAUAUUCCUAUGGAUUUGUAGCUGUUUCCAGUUCAAUUGCAGCAUAUUGUAAAAAAAGUGAUACUGUAUUUAUUGAUAAAGAAGCUAAUUUUGCUAUCAGGCAAGGACUUACUGCAUCCAGAAGUAAAUUUGUCGAAUUCGAUCAUAACGACCCAAUUAAUUUUAAAAAACAAGUGGAAAAUGUUAUUAAAAAUGAAAGGAAACCAUCUAGGAAAUUUUUAAUUGUAGAAGGCAUAUCUUGGAAAACUGGUAAACUGCUCCCUCUAGAAGAAUUUCUUAAAGUCGCUGAGGAGUUCAAAAUUCGCAUUUUCCUUGAGGAAUCUUAUUCUAUAGGUAUCUAUGGUGACCAUGGUCGAGGUCUUACAGAGCAUUUUAAUAUCGAUCCGGAACGUAUUGAUAUGAUAAUAGCAUCCCUAGAAGCAGCUCUGGGUUCCAUAGGCGGAUUCUGUGCUGGUACCCACUCAAUUAUUGAACACCAAAGAUUAUCUGGAUCCGGAUACAUAUUCUCAGCUUCUUUACCAACAUUUUUGGUUCAAGCUUGUAUAGAAGCAAUCCGAUUGAUGGAAGAUAGACCAAAAAAAAUGAAAACCUUAGCUAAGGAGUUCCAUUUGUUCCUAGAGGAGACUUGUGAAUACAAAGUUCAUAGUGAUCCAGAAUCAGCUUUUAAAGUAUUUACCACCAAAGAUGAAACCAAUAGAAAAGAAAAGGAAGAGGAAAUUCACUUGUAUUGCAAAAAAAAUGGUGUACAUUUUUUGAAGACCGACGGGGGUCUUGUCAUAAACUUAUAUAUAGAUCUUCUUGAUAAAAAAAGUAGAUUGGAAAUGGCUUAUAAAGUUUUGAAGGAAGCUGCCGACUUGUAAUUGUCAGAUGCAUUUUCAAUAGAACUAUUUCAGUAUUAAAAAAUAAGUACCAGUUGUUGAGUUAAUUUUUAAAAGUUAUUUGUUUUAAAUUUUAUGUAACUGCUUGUAACAUUCCUUAAUGCUAAUUAAAACUAACUUGCUGUGAAA